GGGAGGGAGGACAAUUUCCUUUCUGUAACACACGCUACAAGAUCACACCGGGAAAACGGAGAGAGGAAAGAAAAUUAUAGGCGAGAGAGAGAGAGGAGGGAAGGAAACACCGCAGCCCCUCCGUCCGUUUGCUUGUUGUAUUUUUUAAAGGGGGGCCAGAAAUCGUGUUUUGUUUUAACGCAGACUUGCGGACUAACAUGGGGGGAAGAGAGAGCUCCUGACGCGGAUUGACUUUCAGUGAACCUCUGCUCUGUGGCUAAUAGACAGGGAGGAAAAAAGGCGACAGGGAAGACAUGUUGAGGGGCUUUUCGUCUUGAGGUUGCGGUAGGAUGUUGAUGUUGUGCUCUUAAAACAAGACAGACGGCUCCUCGCAGAGAGAACAAAACGAGGGCAAAUGGGAAUUGGGCGGUAGGUUAUGCUCAGGAGCCAUUGUUGUGAUCGGUGUUUAUUUAAUUGGUUUGUUAUGAUCUGAAAUAACGUAGGCCUCUUAGGCAGCCCCGCAGUAAAUAAAUACACGGUCAGCAAACAGGGGCUACAUAGCUGGAAAUUAACCCGACAAACCUGCGUGUGUUUCAGGGGACAUUUUGGUGAAUUGAGCUGCUGUGUUUUGUAAGGUAAAGGGAGCGUUUAUGAGCUAUUUGUUUUUUUCAACAACCGCGGUGGUUAGGUUACAUUUCUUAAGCCAGGGAGCCAAAACAUUUCCAGAUACAUCAACUCUUCAGGGGGGCUCAUACAAAGGCCCAGUACCAAACACAGUGAAGGCUUCUUUGCAGCAUUAAAAGGGGGGAAUCGUCCACAGGCUGGCUUUAAGCACAAAGGUGCACAGGAGCUGGUAGUCUAUUUCCACCCCAGUUUAGCUCAAGACAGGGGCCAAAAGAAGAUUUUUAAAUGUUAAUGUCGACCGACGUUGCAUCCAUCAUGCUGCCUGUGUCCCGGGGUCUCAUGGACCGGGAUAGAGAGCUGGACACCAUGGCCGGGGUGCAUCCCAACGCCGGCGGCGCUCCUGCGGCUGUCCGGGGCAUGAAGCGCGGAGACCCGGAGCCCGACGGACAGACAGCGGCCGCUCUGGUGGACUCCACCGGGGCUGAGUGCAAGCGUCCCCGGAUCGACGGCUCAGGAGGGAUCGGCGAGGUUGGGCAGAACAACGACCCUUUGACCCUUGGUUACCAUGGCUACCCAUCUCAUAGCCAGGGCUCUCAGGAUAGUGCUGGUGGUCAGGAGGGACUUGUACCUCCACCUUUCUCUGCAUUCCCUCCACCUCCACCGCCGCCCCCCCAGAACGGCCUGGCCCUGGAUUACGGGGGCAGCCUGUACGCAGCGGGGGCUGUUCAAGGCCCCGUGGAAGCCGGUGGAGCAGCGAACAGUGCCGCCAACGCUGCCAACAGCCUCAGUGUCCAACAGUCAGAUGGGUCCUCCCAGAUUGACGGUCAGUCAGUUGUUGGCUCGGGGGGAGUAGGUGGCGGCGGGACUGUUGGAGAUGAUUCAGACACCAAGGGGACCCCCAAACGCCUCCACGUGUCCAACAUCCCUUUCCGCUUCCGAGACCCGGACCUACGGCAGAUGUUUGGGCAAUUUGGCAAAAUCCUCGACGUAGAGAUCAUUUUCAACGAGAGGGGAUCCAAGGGUUUCGGCUUUGUAACAUUCGAGACGAGUGCAGAUGCAGAGAGAGCCAGAGAGAAGCUUCACGGUACGCUGGUGGAAGGACGUAAAAUCGAGGUGAAUAAUGCCACAGCCAGAGUGAUGACGAACAAGAAGAUGACCACCCCGUAUUCAAACGGAGAGGGCCUCGCGACGCUGCCAUAUGCUGGAUGGAAGUUGAGUCCCAUGGUUGGAGCCAUGUACAGCCCUGAACUCUACACAGUACCAGGGUUUCCAUACCCAGCAGCAGCAGCAGCUGCCUCCACUGCUGCGACCUUUCGAGGCGCUCAUCUCCGGGGUCGUGCCCGGCCCGUCUACAGCGCAGUCAGGGCAGCUGUGCCACAACCUGCAAUCCCUACCUACCCAGGUGUGAUGGCCUAUCAGGAUGGCUUUUACGGUGCAGCUGAUCUCUAUGGCGGCUACGCAGCGUAUCGUUACGCACAGCCGGCUGCGGUAGCGACCCCUGCAGCAGCGGCAGCUGCAGCAGCAGCUUACAGUGACAGCUAUGGACGAGUUUACACGGCAGACCCCUACCAUGCUGCGCUCGCUCCAGCUGCCUACGGUGUUGGAGCCAUGGCCACACUGUACAGGGGAGGCUACAGUAGAUUUGCCCCUUACUAAAGACACUACAUUUCCCAGGAGCUCCUCUCUUCCAUUGAAUUACUCUGAAAGAGCUCCCUCUGUUGUCGUGGAGGUGGACUGCACCCAGUUUUUAAGUGUGGAGUCAACCACAACAAAGAUAAUUCAGAUCCCACCCCAGAGCAGUCCCACGUUUUCUUAUAUACGCUACUACAGAAAUAGAGGAAUGCUGUAUUAAAGACUGACGGAUGGCCUUUACAUUAAAAAAAAAAAAAAGAAAGAAAGAAAAAGAAGAAAAAAAAUAGAGACUUUAAAUGGCCACCUUCCCUUUUGCACGGGUUUUUUUUUUUCCCCCCCCCCCCCCCCCCCCUCUUAAUCCCUCGGCACUCAGCAGCACAAGACUCGUGAUGGAGCCCAGAUGUUCUUCCAAAAGGCUGUAUGUGGAUAACUGACAUUUAAACAGCUGUCAACCAUGUGUGAGAAAGAGCUGAGUGCUGUGUGGCCUGCAUACACUCAACAUUUAAGGAAAAAAGAGAGGGAAUCAAAGUGUCCACUAAACGGCGGAGCGGUAGGAGGCAGGAAGGUGCAUCGAAAGAGCACCUAAAAAACCUUUUGAACCAGAAAGACGAGUCACUAAAAUGAUAUAAACCCCCACUGAUGGAUUUUUAUAAUUCCUCCUUAACGUGGGCGGAUAGUCAUAAGAGAGGAUUUCCAUUCUUGCUGUGUUCUGGUAGAGGGAGACUGAACAUGGCGGCUUGGAGAGGUGAUGCGUGACAGUUUUUAACGCUACAGAAAUCACGUCCGAAAGCUGAAGGGAGGGAGGGUUAUUAGAGCUGUUCCUUACCUCAAGUUUUCUUAGUAUGUGGAAAUGGUGAACCUUUAAACUUAAAAUUGUUAUGAUAUGCAAAGAAAUUAGUUUAGAGAAAAAAGUUACCAAAUUAUUAUUAUUAUUAUUAUUAUUAUUAUUGUAAUGAUUCUCAUUAUUAUUCUUAUAAAACCAUUAUUUUGUUUGACUCUGCAGCUGCUGCUGUUAUGGGACAUGUAGAUCCAACAGUGAACCUUGGGGUUAAAUUCACAAAAUGAGCAUCUAUAAUACAAAUAUUCCACCUUGUCGACUAUAUGACACAACUAUAGUCUCACAUCAUGCUUCUCAUGCACAGGAUUUCACUACACUCUGUGUGCAACCACCACUGAAACACUACAAAAAAAUUAAACACUAAAACAUUGUCGUCUUCAAUUGAUUUUAGCUUUAGAUUUAAAAAACAAAACCAUCCACCCACGACCCUGAGGUUCAAGUAUUUGUUGAUCCUUUAAUGUAGAGAAUUAUUAUUUGGAUUUUCCCCUCAUGCUCCAUCUUUUAUAGAGCAAAGUCCAACAUUGAAUGAGUCUUCCUGAAUCACACUUUAGUUGGCAUACGUGUUCGAGACGCUGCCAGCAGCGAUUACUGAGCAAGAGAGAGAUUCUGUGGGUGAUUUAAUAGAAAAUAUUUAAAUGCAAAACACCUUACUAUUGUGCAUAUUUCUAUACCAUUGUAUUCUAUAUUUCCAAAACGUGGCUUUUUUUGGCUUUUGUUUUUGUUCCAAAGAUUUGUAGAAAGCACAUUUUUCUGCCGUAUGUAUAAAUAUAUUAUCUUUGUUAUUGUUAUUAUCAUAAUCCUUGAUAAUCCUAUGGCUGUCUUUAUUUACUUUUUUCACUUUUGUUUGUCUUUUUUGUAAUAUCUGUAAGUGUUGUUCCUUCUCCAGUAAGGAGCAAGAUAAAUUUCAAAUUUUUUUCUUUCUUUGGAGUAAAGUUCUUGAGCAGAAAGCGUACCCGAGAAGUGGCACUAAAGGUAUGCAUGUAACACUACCAAACUUUUGUCCUCUUGGUUAAAUGUGCAGCCAGUCCAGGUUGCUGAUUACUUUUGUUUUGUUUUGGGUUAAUUAUAGGAUCCGUUAAAGUGAUAUUUGGUUAUAUUUUUAAAAUCUACAGGAACAGCUUAAUUUUUCUUUCCUAUUGUGUCCAUAUUUUGCAGGUGACUGAGACAUUUGGAAUGAAUGAACAUAGGCGUGUAGCACUUUUGGUUAAAACCAACUGUGUUCUUUUUGAGUUUUUGAUUUAUUUUAAUAUUCGUUUUUUGUUUUUUUUAAUAAACCCCUUACAUUUCAGUGGUUAAAUCUGUCAGCUCGGCCAAUGUGGUCGCUCCAGGUUUGUUUGAAGCUAUCCAGUAAAAUGUCUGAAAGUGUUAUUUCUCAUACAAAAGCAGGUUUAU